CAAAUCUGUUGACCCGGCCAUUUAUCUCCGAUACUCAUUUCGAUCGAAAGCCCAAAGUAGGUUUGUUUGGUUUGGGAGAUGUUUUUAUUUGGGCUUCAAGCUGUGUCAUAUUUUCUUCACAAUGUCAGUAUGGUUUUGGUGAAUUGAUCAUAGAAUACAACACCCACCUACACAUAGAUAUUAGGCCGAUACUUUUUAUGGAAAAACACAAGAUAUAAGCCUCGUCUCACUGUCUUAACCCUAGACUAGAAAUUCUUGCCACCGUCUCCUCAUUUAAGUUAUUUGUUCAUCCUCGAAUCUUUCUAUGGCCAAGAAUUAUGCAUCGCUGUAAACCGCCUCAUUUACAAAACACUGAUGUCUUUAGGAGCCAGCAGCUCAGUGACGAGCCUCCUGAAUUAUCUCCAGAAGUAUGGCUGUUGAGAAGAGCAGAAAGCUACCAAGAGUACAUGAAACUGAUCCCAAUCCCGACUGAACGAGGCACGGUUAUACCCUUCACCUCAUGGACUGGCUUAGGCAGCUCGAUCAAGCAAAUUUACGGGCAGCCAUUGCACUAUCUGACAAAUCUCCACUUGAGCCGUAUGGACCAUGAAAGGCUUGGUGCCGAAGAUACAGGUGUCCCUUUGUACAUGACUAUUCACCCGUGCAAGGCUGAGGCUAGCAUUUGGAUCAUUGAAGAGGCCCACCGGCUGACAUCAUCGCCACAUCAUUUGGUCAGACUGUGGGAGGCUGAUACGUACUAUCAUGUCUACAUUGACGACAUUUUCCCCAAGCUGAAGGUGUGAGGUGGGUCCCGGGCUACGAUGUGACCUGUGUGAUGGUGUUGGAUUUGUUUCUUGGGUAAAGCUGGAUUUGGAUUUUUGAAUGGACUGUGUUUGUUUUAGCGUUUGUUUCUGGAUUGAGAUUGUCUUCUUUUUUGUCCUGUCUUUUUGUUGGGAGUUGUUUGAAUAUCAUCUUGAUCCGGUUUACUCCUUAAGGUAUAUUAUCCCAUAUCACUGUUGUAGUAUUUUGCUAAUAUUUGGAAGUAUUUUGCCAUGGAUGAUGAGGGUUGAGUACCAUUUUUCCAAGGCCGGGGGCAACAGCCCAGGGCCCAAUCAGUGGAAGGGGCACCAGCCCAUACGCUACUCUCCCUAUAUGCAUAUUACUCUUGGUUGGUUGGUUUACUUUCAUGAAUUAAAUAAGGUAGAGGCCUUGUUUGGUAAUCAGCGG